GUGCAGCCCGAAAGAAGGACCCAAGCAGCCACCGACGUCCCCCUUUGAAAAAUUGGCAAAAAGCUUGAAAUUUCUCCUUUCCUUCUUGUUCAAGAACAAGCUUUAGGACUUAGAACUCUAUCUCUCAACCCAGAAAUUCCAGAUCUGCUCUGCUCUUCCUCCCUUAUCCGUCGGUGCUGCUAUGUACGAAUUUCUGGGCAUUUUUCUGCACCGUGAGUCUUCCCUGCAGAUUUGCCGCUGGCCUCUUCCCCCCGCCAGGUCCGGUUCUGCAGCUGGAAAAUUUUGGGUAAGUUAACAGCUCCUCCAAGUCCAAAUUAUCCAUGUAGUUGCUGCCUUGUGUUGAUUGGAUUUUCUGCUUUUGAAUUGCCCUUUUUGCUGUCCGAAAAUGGAAGAAAUUUAGGUGAAAUUGUGCUGGAAGGUGGAAUGAAUUUUGGUAGCUUUAAGUGGGUUUUUGUUUAAUUUAAGUGGGAGUUUGUAAACACUGGCACAUGUCCACAUGUUUACACAUGUUUACUGAUGUGACCGGUUCAUUCUGUAAUCCUGCCAAUGGGAUAAUACAUUGGUAAUUACUGA